AUGGUGAGCACUGCCAGUACUCGGCUUCUCUAUAGCCUGUGGACACACUCAGAGAGAGGAAGGCAUCCGAUUCUCUGUAAUGAUGUGGUGUUAGCCUGUCGCUGGGCCCUGUUCAUGGUGGAUUCCAAUACCCUCGUAUCCCCAUCCCAGGCAAUUCAGCAAAUAUUAAUGCUGAUCCUCAGCAGGUACGUUUUCCAAAGGCUGUUAGCCUAUCAGGCAAGAUACCCCCAACAUGCCCAUAUCCAUGGAGGACUCUGCAGCGGAGGUGCCAUCAACGUUGGCUUGUGCUGUUCCCUGGGAAACAAGCAAUUGACUGUGCUUACAUCCGAGACUGUGGGGCAAGGGUGA